CAUAAAUACAACAUGUGCCAUGAUAAAAUGUGCACAUAAAUAUCACUGUGUGGUCCACAUUAAAUCAUAUCCAUCGGCACAGCAUAAACAACGGCUUCUCGUAUUCCUCUGAGCAUAUUUUGCAAGACACGGAGUUGCCUCUAUCGUCUGUAUCAACCAGAGCAAUGACACACAGUUCAUUUCUGCCUCUGCUCCUCCUCCUGGGGACGUGUUCGGCUUACACCUACCAAAAUGUGGCCUUGCGUGGAAAAGCAAGCCAGUCAUCGCGUAAUCCAGACCAUUAUGGAGAUGCAAACAAAGCUAUUGAUGGAAACCGUGAUUCUAACUAUUAUAGUGGUUCAUGCACCGCCACUACUGAGAUGACCAACCCCUGGUGGAGAGUGGACCUGCUGGAGUCAUACAUCAUCACCUCUAUCAUCUUCACCAAUAGAGGAGACGCGUAUCCAGAAAGGAUCAACGGGGCAGAGGUUCACAUCGGCAAUUCUUUGCAAGACAAUGGAGUGGCAAACCCAGCGGCUGGUGUAAUUUCUGAAAUCCCUGCAGGCAGGUCUUUAAAAAUGACUUUUACCAAACUUGUAGAGGGACGAUACGUGACUGUGACUCUGACUGGAUCAGGGAGACUCCUAACACUCUGUGAGGUGGAAGUCUACGGGUACCGUGCUCCAACUGGAGAGAACCUGGCACUCCAAGGAAAAGCCUCACAGUCAUCACAGCACGCAACCUACAGUGCUUAUAAAGCCAUUGAUGGAAAUCGCGCCAGCCUGGCACAACAGGCUUCUUGUGCUCACACGGGAUCCGAAUUGAACCCUUGGUGGCGACUGGACCUCGGCAAAACCCACAAAAUAUUUUCUCUCAACAUAACCAACUACCAAAAUCGACCCGAGUUUAUUAAUGGAGCAGAGAUCAAAAUUGGAGAUUCUCUUGAUAACAACGGCAACAACAAUCCCAGGUGUGCUGUGAUCCCCAGCAUGCCCGGAGGCUUUACGCAAAACUUCCAGUGUAACGGGAUGGACGGUCGCUACGUCAACAUCGUCAUUCCUGGAAAAACCGUGUACCUGGCAUUCUGUGAGGUGGAGGUGUACGGCUCCAGACUGGAUUAGGUCUGAAUAGGUUCAAAACGUGUUUCAAUGCCAUUUGACACUAGCUGCAGAUGGAUGGGAGUUCUAGAUUUGUAAACUUGAGGCACUCCAACAACAAAAAGUAACAAAACUUGUCAUUCAACAUGAACAAUAACAGGUUCAUGUUUUUCCAUUCUGCUUUUUAAGUGUAUUUCCACUGUCUCCUUUAUAAGGUAUAUCGCAUUGCAUGGAGAAGCAAUCAAGUCAAACCAAAAUGGGGACAUUAUAAUCAUGUAACAAGACAUGAAGAUCAAUCAGUUUCACUUAGACGUGUCAGUAAUCAGUCCGACAUACAGAAUUGUUUUAAAUGCUUUUAGAUUUUCAUUGUAUGUGAAUAAUAUGUAUCUUCCUUUUAUGUCUUCAACAUAUUGCAGAACUAAAAUGUUAAAUUUACCGGACUUUGUGCAUCUGUGUGGGAGAGUCGAGAUGACGCCAUCCUGUGGCGACAAUCAAUGCCUUGUUUGUUGUUGUCUUUUAAAUAACAAACUUCUGGCAUAUACCAAUAUUCUACAUAGCUUAAUUGUUUUUGUUGCUGCAGUUUACAUUUCUCCAGAUGCAAAUGCAUGAACUGAACUAUAAUGAAUGGACAGUAACUGCAUUUAGUUGUGCAACUCUCUGUUGCAGAAUAAAAAAAGGUUAUUUUACUAAA